AUGAAGGUGGCCAAGGUGACCGACGUGGUUCUGUGCGUAGUUGUAGCGGUGUACAUUGCGGUGGCUGCGGUGUCUGCGGCGGUGGCGGCGCCGGAGAGCGGAGCGUGCACCGCUUGCCUGGCGCUGUGGACGGAGCUGCGCCACGAUGUCGGGUGCGGGAAUGCUGUCAAUGACACGGGCGCGCUGUGCAAGCUCUGUCCCGAGUCGAUCUGUGGGACGCCAGCCCAUUGUCAGACCAUUGUCGAUGAGGUUUGUGCUGCUGGCUGUGCCGAUGAUCCCGACCAGUGUGCCUACCUCGCUUGCUCCAAGCUCCUCCACAUCUGUCCGGGCUCGCUGGAAGAGGUGGACGUGAGCCUGGCCUGGGUCCAGCAGUACCGCAUGGCCAAGCCGAAGCAGCGGAUGGCUAUGAUUGGAGCGCAGACGGCGACGCCUGAUGGCGUCAUGGUUGAUCUGUACUACUAUCUCAUGGCAUGGGCGCUGAAGAACUGCGCAGCGGUGGACGACGGAUGUGGGCUGGCGGCGAGCGGCUGCACGCCGAUGACUGAUGCGCACGUCUCGGUCAUCUUCUCGCUGUUCAAAACAACACAUGCGUACGCGGUGACUACGGCCAUUUCCCUGGAUGCGACGUUUGCAUACUUUCGGGAUGUCUUGCUUGCUCAUGCUGUCCAUGCACCGCCGCACUCAGUCGAUCUGUUCGACGUCUCGCAGGUCUCGGCGGUGACGCAGUACUUUAUCCACACAUACGCCCGCCACUACCGGCUCUACCAGCAUGUUUUUACUCCGCUCCGGGUCCACAACAUUGCACCACGGGCAUGGGGCUUGCAGACACCUUCGAUUGCGGCUGACAUCCCGCUCGCCGACUACGACCGGCUGGACGAAGAGCAGGUGGCGGCCAUGGUCCGCGCGCGGUCGCGGUCGUCGCUGCACUCGACAGUAUCGCUGGCCUCGCUAGGCGACGUGGCGGAAGACGUGAUAAGCGUAGGGUCAGCGAGCGGCGGCGGCGAUGGACCCAGCGGGGCAGGCGCAACGACAGAUGCCACUCCGCGCGGGGGCGAGUCUGGACAUGGCUCGGGCAAGGCGUCGCGCACGUCGCCGGCGUCGCGGCGGACGCGGGCGAGCGGGUCUGGGGGCGGGGCCGGCUCGCGCUCGCCGCGUCCGUCACGCAAGGCGGUCUCGCGGCACGCGUCUGCGGCGAGUCUCAAGUCUGUGGGCGACGAGUCGGGCGAGGGCGAGGACGUCGUUGUCGGGUCCAACUCGGGCACGUGCGACGAGAACGAGACGCACAUGUCGGAGGAAGCUGUCCAGGCCGAGCUGAAGGCGAUUGCGCUCAAGGCGGCCGAGGCGCAGCUCGCCGAGGUCAAGGCCGAGCUCGACCUCAAAAUGGCACGACAGGACGAGGCGCUUUUGGCGCGGAUUGCGGUCCUCGAGCAGCGGAUGUAUGCGCUGAGCUCGGGCGAAGGCGGGUCGCCGGUGCAGGCGCAGGAGCGGAGGCGCCGAACGCGGACAUGAGCAGCAACGCGGGAUUUAUCAGAGCGAAGAAGUAAACUGGAGGCGACCAGA